UCUACUUUUUCGUUGAAUUAACGCUUUCGAGCUUCCACUGUAAUGGAGACCGCAGCGUUGGAGGAGUCUCGGCAGGUUCGGAGGAUAGGUGAAAUUCCUUCGGCUGAAGAAUUCGCUUCUCAGAUUGAACGCAAGAAUGAUCCAGUUGUUUUCAGUGGAUGCAUAAAGGAGUGGAAGGCGUUUUCGAAAUGGAAUGUGUCGAAUGGCGGGCUCGAUUAUUUGCAGGAGUUGGCAGGCGUUACCGUUGUUCAAGCUAUGGCUUCCAGAUCUGCACCAAUAUUUUAUGGAGAUAUAAGAAGUCAUGACAGGGUUCCAGUACCAUUUUCUACCUUCAUCGGGUAUUGCAAGGAUCUUCUAAAAUGUGGAGAUGAUGGCCGUGACUCUAUGCCUGACACACUGAAGCAUAAACUAGUUGAAAAUUCUAAGGAACAUAGUGAAUCCAUCACUGAAGAAGCAUGUCCAAGGCAAAUAUAUCUUGCUCAGGUACCGAUUAUGAAUGGUGAGAAUGAGGAAAAUGUUCAGUUGGAAUGUCUACAAGAAGAUAUAGAAACGCCUUCGUUUCUGGUGGGCAAAAUUCUGGGUUCUGUCAAUUUAUGGAUGAAUAAUGCCGCAUCUAGAUCUAGUACUCACUAUGAUCCACACCACAACCUUUUAUGCAUAAUCUCAGGGUGUAAGAAAGUUGUUUUGUGGCCUCCUUCUGCGUCCCCCUUCUUGUAUCCACUCCCCGUGUACGGUGAAGCCUCAAACCACAGUGCUGUUCCGUUAGAGAACCCAGAUUUCAGUCUCUAUCCCAGGGCAAAAUCAAUGUAUGAGUACUCUCAGAACGUUGUUCUUCAUGCUGGAGAUGCCCUAUUUAUUCCAGAAGGAUGCUUUUGUUCCAGGUUUCAUCAAGUUGACAGUGGAGAUUUAACCAUAGCUGUCAAUUUCUGGUGGCAAUCUGACGUGAUGUCUGGCAUGUCAGAACACAUGGAUGGAUACUAUCUACGUAGAAUAUUAAAAAGGUUGACGGACAAGGAAUCAGAUCGAAUGCUUUGUAUAUCUUCCACUACUACAGAUAAAAAGGUGAUAGAUGCAGGCCAGUUAACUUCGAAUGCAGAUUUGGAUGUCGUUCAUCAAACAUUCAGUUUGGAAGGGAAAAUGGACCAAGGAUUUUCAUUACAAGAACUGGAACCAUCAACACUAAGGUCUCUAUAUUCACUUAUCUCAAUAGUGCACGACCGUGUCAACCACAGUCAACUGGGAAACAACAGCUCUGGUGACAAUUCUGCCAGUGGGUCGAAAGAUGGAGUACAGAAAGCUGUUACAGCAAAUUUAUUUAACUUGGAAGAUGAUCCGAUUGCUAAACUUGUUUGGACUCUUCAACCACUUGCCUUUCGGGACCUUUUCUUUGCCAUGGCUCAUAAUUUUCCCAGAACAUUGGAAGCUUAUAUAUUACAUGCCCUUUCCCCUGUGGGUGUUGAAGUCCUUACCAGGAAAUUUGAACAGAUGGAUCAAAUGCUUCUUGCAGAUGAUCGGAGUCAGUUUUACGAGAAAUUCUAUAGUGUGUUUGAUAACCAGUUUUAUGCCAUGGAUGCACUUCUGAAUGGAAAAGAAGCAUUUGCAAGCAAGGCAUUUAACAAUGUUUUGGUCCAGUAUCUGGGGAUUAAUCUUGAUGGCCAAAAACUAUAGCUGGGAGGAAUCACAAGGGUGAUGGUAAUCCUAUGCCAGUUGCUGCUACUCAUGGCUUUUGAAUCAUGUCAAACUGAAAUGGGGCAUCUGUAUUGGUUUAGAUACAUUUUAGCUGCAAUGCAUGUGAUGCUGUUGUGUCGUGUUAAUGGGUUACUGAUCUCUGCUACGCGAAAUUUAGCACUGCUGAAAUUUGUGCGAUGCAUGAACUCACACAUGUACAAGUUUCCUUUUAUUUUAUUUCUAGUUUUAAAUCUUUUCUUGCUUCUUUUCAUGUGGUCUAUUAUGAUUGAAUUUAUAUCUAAAUUGUGAUAUGAUUUAUUCUUCUUGAUUUUCA